UGGGGUCAGCAGGGUUAAGGUGGCUCUAGUAGGGAUAAAUAAAGGAUAGCCAGUGUGAUUGGCAACGCAUAAUUAGGCGGGGAGGAUUACCGUCCGUUUAAAACUCUCGAUGUGUUAGAUCACCAAAAGCUCUUUUAACGAUCUCCAUUUCGGAAAGUUGAUCUUUGGGAUGGAUGACGAAGGGGGAGAUUGGUUUGCGGAUGCUGGUGAUGAUACGCCAGCUGCUGCGGAAGCGGCGCCUGCUGAGGCCGCUGCGGCUGCAGGAGGUGAGGCUCCAGCUGCCGAAGGGGAAGCGCCACCAGAGGCCGCCGAGGGGGAUAAGAGGGAAGUCGCAGAAGAGGAGUAUUUGGAUCCCGAUAAACUCUUGCUAUUUAAACACUGGAUAAGGCCGAAAUUUCUGCAAUACAAAUACUUGUACGACUACAGACACAAUUAUUACGACGAUGUGAUUGAUUAUUUGGACAAGAGACAGAAAGGGUUACGUAGAGAUAUUCCACAUCCGCAAACAUGGGCAGAAAGGGCACUUCGAACGUACAACAGUAAAAUUAAUAAGAUCGAAAGGUUUAGGAAUUUAGUUGAAGAUACGAAGCUUGUGACUCAAACGAAGAUUAGUGGAUCGUUCCAAAUUCAUCAUUCAAAGAACUACAUCACCAGAAGAUAUUCGUCGAUUCUUGUUUAAAAGACACUGAAAUUUAUUUGUUAUAAAUAUUUGCAAUAGUACCGAAACAAGGAGAUUAAUUAAAGACUACUUUUAUUUAA